AUGCCGCUCAGGUUGGAGAUCAAGAGGAAGUUCGCGCAGCGGUCCGAGAGGGUCAAGUCGGUGGAUCUGCACCCCACGGAGCCAUGGAUCCUGGCGAGUUUGUACUCGGGGACUCUCUGCAUCUGGGACUACCAGACGCAGACCAUGGUGAAAUCAUUUGAAGUUUCAGAGCUGCCAGUGCGGUCGGCAAAAUUUGUGUCAAGGAAACAAUGGGUUGUUGCCGGUGCAGAUGAUAUGUUCAUUCGUGUCUACAACUACAAUACCAUGGACAAAAUUAAAGUUUUUGAGGCUCAUACUGAUUACAUCAGAUGUGUAGCAGUCCAUCCAACUCUUCCAUAUAUGCUGUCAUCAUCUGAUGACAUGUUGAUAAAGCUUUGGGACUGGGACAAAGGGUGGAUGUGCACUCAAAUCUUUGAGGGGCAUUCACACUAUGUCAUGCAGGUUACUUUCAAUCCAAAGGAUACUAACACUUUUGCAAGUGCAUCUCUCGACCGCACUACAAAGAUAUGGAGUUUGGGUUCUCCAGAUCCAAAUUUUACUCUAGAUGGACAUCAAAAGGGUGUGAACUGUGUUGAUUACUUUACUGGUGGUGACAGACCCUAUUUGAUUACUGGUUCUGAUGACUCCACUGCAAAGGUCUGGGAUUACCAAACCAAGAGCUGUGUUCAGACUCUUGAAGGCCAUACACACAACAUUUCUGCUGUUUGUUUCCAUCCUGAGCUUCCUAUAAUCAUUACUGGAUCGGAAGAUGGGACAGUUCGUAUAUGGCAUUCGACAACUUACAGGCUUGAGAACACACUAAACUAUGGCCUUGAGCGAGUCUGGGCUGUUGGAUACAUGAAGGGAUCAAGAAGAAUGGUGAUUGGUUAUGAUGAGGGAACUAUUAUGAUUAAAAUGGGUCGUGAAGUACCAGUAGCAAGUAUGGAUGCCAGUGGAAAAAUCAUCUGGGCAAAGCAUAAUGAGAUACAGACUGUGAAUAUAAAGACUGUCGGUGCAAACUUUGAGGCUACAGAUGGGGAAAGAUUGCCCCUAGCUGUGAAGGAGUUAGGCAGCUGUGAUCUUUACCCGCAGAACUUGAAGCAUAACCCCAACGGCCGGUUUGUUGUUGUAUGCGGAGAUGGUGAAUACAUAAUCUAUACUGCACUGGCUUGGAGGAACAGAUCAUUUGGAUCCGCGUUAGAGUUCGCUUGGUCAUCAGAAGGAGAGUACGCAAUCAGAGAAAGUACAUCCAGAAUAAAGAUUUUCAAUAAAUCAUUCCAGGAGAAGAAAACUAUCCGUCCUACAUUCUCUGCAGAGCGUAUCUUUGGUGGGGUACUUUUGGCAAUGUGUUCCAGUGACUUUAUUUGCUUUUAUGACUGGGCUGAUUGUAGACUAAUUCGCAGAAUUGAUGUGACUGUCAAGAACGUCUACUGGGCUGAUAGUGGUGACCUAGUUGCAAUCGCAAGUGAUACAUCAUUCUACAUCCUGAAGUACAAUAGAGAUGUUGUUGCUGCCUACUUGGAAGGUGGAAAGCCUGCUGACGAGGAAGGCGCUGAAGAUGCUUUUGAGUUGCUUCAUGAGGUCAAUGAGCGGGUGCGAACUGGGAUUUGGGUUGGAGACUGUUUUAUUUAUAACAACUCAUCAUGGCGCCUAAAUUAUUGCGUUGGUGGAGAGGUCACCACAAUGUAUCACUUGGAUCGCCCUAUGUAUUUGAUGGGAUAUCUUGCGAAUCAAAGUCGAGUUUAUCUUAUUGACAAGGAGUUUAAUGUCAUUGGGUAUACAUUACUUCUCAGUUUGAUUGAAUACAAGACGCUUGUGAUGCGUGGGGAUUUGGAAAGUGCAAAUGAGAUCUUACCGUCCAUACCAAAGACGCAAUAUAAUAGUGUUGCUCAUUUCUUGGAGUCCAGAGGAAUGUUGGAGGAGGCUCUUGAGAUAGCCACUGAUGCUGAUUAUAAGUUUGAUUUGGCUGUGCAGCUUGGAAAAUUAGAAAUCGCGAAGGCUAUUGCCGUAGAAGCACAAAGCGAAUCAAAGUGGAAGCAGCUUGGUGAGCUCGCCAUGUCCACCGGGAAGCUUGAGGCAUCAGAAGAGUGUCUUCUGCAAGCGAAGGACUUGAGUGGCUUGUUGCUACUAUACUCAUCUCUCGGAGAUGCUGAAGGAGUCGAAAAGCUUGCUUCUCUAGCGAAAGAGCACGGAAAAAACAAUGUUGCUUUCCUCUGUCUCUUUAUGCUUGGUAAAUUGGAAGAUUGCAUACAAUUGCUUGUAGACAGCAAUCGUAUACCUGAAGCUGCAUUAAUGGCACGUUCUUAUCUUCCCAGCAAAGUUUCAGAGAUUGUAGCAAUUUGGAGAAAAGACCUCAGCAAAGUUAAUCCAAAAGCUGCAGAUUCUCUGGCAGAUCCUGCUGAGUAUCCAAAUUUAUUUGAGGACUGGCAGGUUGCACUUACUGUAGAACAGAAUGUUGCUUCCCAGAGGGGGCACUAUCCUUCUGCAGAUGAGUACUUGAACCAUGCUGAGAAGUCAGACACUACUCUUGUGGAAGCUUUCAAAAGGAUGCAGGUCAUUGAAGAAGAGGAACCAGUGGAAGCACUGGAUGAAAAUGGAGAGCCUGAUGAAGAGGUAAUGGAAACGGAGGAGAACGUGGAUGAAGCUGUCCAAGUUGAUACGGAUCAACCAGAAGAAACCGUUCUUGUAAAUGGGAAUGAGGGUGAGGAACAGUGGGGUACGAACAAUGAAGGAACUUCGCCAGCCUAUGCUAACCCAACAUGA